AUGGGCGAGAACGGCACAAACCUGCUUCAGCAGAAAGUGACUGAACGAUCCCGCGAGCAGAGAGCGACACGCGAUGCAGCUCUGGGGAACAAAUUCCACAAACUGCCUGAUCCAGCGUCAUCCAGAGGCGGCACACUGGUACACAACCUUUCGUCAAAGGAACUGACGAAGGAGCAAGUACAGGUUUUACGGCACGAAGCCUCAUUCAACACAGCUGACGCCAAACCUGUCAACAUGAUUGCAGCAGUGGAAUCGGUCAUUAAUCAGACGAAAGCGGCGGAGGAGACGAAGAACCUUAUCCGACACCAAGGUUCGUCCCUCCUUAUGACUCACAAGCCGCGCGAAACAUUCACAAAGGUCGAACGCGAUGCACUAAGAGAACUCAAAGCCGACAAGGACAUCGUCAUUGUGCCCGCGGACAGGGGGCGUUCCACCGUCGUACUGGACAGAACAGACUACCUUCAGAAGGCCAAAAACCUACUGGAGGAACGCCAGUUCUAUGUCCCAUGUGAAACUAACCCCGUAAAAACGCUGACACGCGAAAUUAAUGCAACACUGUUGGCACUGGAGAACUCGGGUGCAAUAACAGCGACCGACCGACGCAUGGCGAGAGCCCAAGAAACGGCCUUGGCCCGAUUCUAUGGUCUCCCAAAGGUGCAAAAAGACGGCGCUCCUGUCCGACCCAUCGUGUCGCUCAAAGGGACUCCAACGUACGGACUGGCUAAGCGGCUGUUUCGGCGCCUCAAAUCUCUGACCGCUGAUUCGGACACCACUGUCUGUUCGUCAACGCAAUUCCUGGAGAAGCUUAAAGGAGUAAGUCUCUUGCUAAAUGAGGUCAUGGUAUCUUUUGACGUCACGUCCCUCUUUACUUCUAUCCCCCAGGAUCUGGCAAUCGAGACCGUCCAGCAACUCCUACGAAACAAAUACGAUAAAACGGAGAAUCGUCUCGGACAGGCCCAAGUCCAUCAGAUCCUAAAGUUCUGUCUCAGGACGUACUUCACGUUUGACGGAACAAUCUACGAGCAAGUGAAGGGAACACCAAUGGACUCGCCGAUUUCGGGAUUCAUCGCCGAGGCGGUCCUACAGCGGUUGGAGUCGCUGGUCUUCCAACACCACAGACCGAAAUUCUGGGCUCGGUAUGUAAACCAUACCUUCGUCGUCAUCGAACGGGACCAGGUGCUAACGUCCAAAGAACGUCUCAACUGCGUCUUCCCGGACAUACAAUUUCCGAUGGAGGAGGAAGAGAAUAACCAGCUGGCAUUCCUUGAUGUCCUCGUCUGUCGCAAAGAUUGUGGUGGCCUAAAGACCAAAGUGUUCAGAAAAGCAACGAACACGACGCAAAUUCUGAACUUCAACAGUAACCACCCAAUCUGCCACAAACGCAGUUGCGUAAGAACGCUAUUUCGGCGUGUUGAGACGCACUGCAGUGAACCGGAAGACAAGGUUGCCGAAUCCUAA